CCGUCGGCUCCGUUGGAGGGCGCCUGACUCUCGAGGUCGACCAGCGCGGAGUCGGGGAGUCGGCCUCCGGGGCGGGGCCCGUGACCUGGCCAGGGUUCGCCGCUGUUUGUCCGGUUUCGGACGGCCUGAGACGAUGGCCGGUCUCCUCUGCCGUCUGCUUCUGCUCCAGCUGCUGCUGGCUCCGACGCUGGCCUUCAACAUCACCGUGGAGACCGUGCUGAAAGCCGACGCGCAGGGACAGAUCGCCAGUCAGGAGUACUGGGACAAGUUCCGCGCCUUCAUGGAGCUGCUGAGCAAGGCGGACGCUGCCAACCGCACUAAGCUGCUGAGCAUCCCACACAUCCACGAGUUCCUGGUGCCUCCGCAACUGCUCUCGGCCGUCGCCGAGCACCUCUCCAACUCCACCUGGCUCUCGAAGCUGGGGGCCGAGUACCACGAGCGCGGCGGGCACGCCAUGGCGCCCCUCAUCGACGUGCUCACCAACCUGGGGAAGACGUCUGUCCUGCAUGAGGUCACAAUCCCGCGUGACGUGCUGGAGAAGCUGAUGUGGCGGCGCUGGACACGCUUCGGCAUCACAGACCGGCUCUGA